UUCUUCACCAUAGACAAAAAUGGCAGACACUGUAGGAAAGACGAUCACAUGCAAUGCUGCUGUAGCCUGGGAGCCCAAGAAACCACUUGUCAUUGAGACUGUAGAGGUAGCCCCACCUAAAGCUGGGGAAGUUAGAAUUAAGGUUACAGCAACAGGGGUGUGUCACACAGAUGCGUACACCUUGGAUGGUUUUGAUUCGGAGGGUAAAUUCCCUGUGAUUCUAGGCCAUGAAGGUGGUGGAAUUGUGGAGAGUGUGGGGGAGGGAGUCACAUCUGUUCAACCAGGUGACCAUGUGAUCCCACUGUACAUUCCUCAGUGUAAGAAUUGUAAAUUCUGCAACAGCCCCAAGACAAACUUAUGUGGUAAAAUUAGGACUACUCAAGGCCAGGGGCAGAUGCCAGAUGGCACCACCAGGUUCACAUGCAAGGGCCAGGAGGUGUUCCACUUCAUGGGUACAAGUACAUUUAGUGAAUAUACAGUUGUUGCUGAGAUAUCUGUUGCCAAGGUGAAUGAGAAGGCCCCCUUAGACAAGGUAUGUCUACUGGGUUGUGGCAUCUCUACUGGUUAUGGUGCUGCUAUUAACACAGCCAAGGUUGAGCCUGGCUCAAGCUGUGCUGUAUGGGGUGUAGGAGCUGUAGGUCUUGCUGUGCUAAUGGGCUGCAAGGCAGCUGGUGCUUCUCGCAUCAUUGGAAUUGAUAUCAACCCAGACAAGUUUGAAAUUGCCAAACAGUUUGGUGCCACUGAGUGUAUUAACCCCAAGGAUUAUGACAAACCCAUACAAACAGUACUCACUGAGAUGACAGAUGGAGGUCUUGAUUACACAUUUGAAUGUAUUGGAAAUGUGGGAACAAUGAGGGCAGCACUGGAAUCAUGCCACAAGGGAUGGGGCGUGUCUACCAUAAUAGGUGUUGCUGCUGCAGGCCAGGAGAUCUCAACCCGUCCAUUUCAACUUGUCACAGGACGUGUCUGGAAGGGUACUGCAUUUGGAGGUUUCAAGAGCCGAGACAGUGUACCGAAGCUAGUAGAGGAUUACCUUGGAGGCAUAGUGAAGGUUGAUGAGUUUAUAACACACAACAUGCCUUUGGACAAAAUCAAUGAAUCAUUUGACCUCAUGCAUGCUGGUAAAAGUAUCCGGUCAAUCAUUGACUUCUAAAGCCUCAGUCCUCAAAAACCUGGAGAUGAACAGAGAGAUUUAUGUGAUAGACAGUUGAGAUGCUCAAAAACAGAAACUGCAGUGACAUUUCAGAAUGAAAUUUGAGACCUACACAGUUUCAUUGAGAUUACUUCUUUCAGAUAUUUCUAUCGGGGUGGUAGGGAAGUUUUGUUUUUUUCAUUCACUUAUACUGAUUACUCAUACUGCCUUGAUGAUGAUUUUAAUAAUAAGGAUUUGUUAAGCCUAUAAAUUAAGUAUAAUUGCAUAGAUUAUGCUUUCAUUUGGUAAUAUGUCAGUAUUAAUCACAAAUUGCAAAAAGAGACAUUUGUAGAAAUUGAUUACAGAAUUCUAAUAAAUGAUGAAUAUUUUGUAAAAGAAAAA